AUGCUUGACGAAAACGCUCUUCGAUACCGAGAUCUAGGUCCGAUUGACUGUUCAACAAGUAUUAACUUGGAUAAGCUGAAAGGCAAGACCGUCCUGGUCACUGGAGGAAGUAGCGGAUUGGGCUUUGCCUAUGUCAAAGCAUACAGCGAGGCAGGAGCAACCGUGAUCAAUGCUGAUAUCAAGGACAUUGCAAACGAUGUCAAAUUGUCCGGCGUCCACUAUACCAAUUGUGAUGUUCGAUCAUGGGCGGACCAGAAGAAAGCGUUCCAACUAGCAGCAUCCAAGUCCGCCAGUGGUCUCAUUGACAUCGUUGUUGCAAAUGCUGGCAUCUCGGGAAAUGAUCACUUCUUGAUGGGUCUCGACGCCGCCGAUGUUCAGGAGCCUGACAUGCGAAUCGUCAACAUCGAUCUGAUCGGCGCCAUGUACACCAUCAGGCUGGCACUGAACAAUUUCAUCCUGCACCCAGAGACCGGUUCGACGAACAAGUGUUUGAUCAUCAAGGCUAGCCUGGCGGCAUAUGUGGACACGCUUCCAUCCUAUGGGUCUGCGAAAUUCGGACUUCGAGCUGUCAUGAGGGCUCUGCGUAAUAAAGACUAUUGUCGAGUCAAUCUGGUCGCACCUUGGUUCAUCCAUACCCCCAUCAUGACAGACGAGGUUGCUGGUGUACUUGGUGCUCAGCUCAAGAAGCAGGAUUCGGAUUUCGCCCAUGUUGAAGAUUCGGUUCAUUGUGUCCUCCGCAUUUCCACUGACGAGUCCAUCCAUGGUCGUGCGUUUGGAAUCAUUCCGCGACAGCAUGCAAAAGAGGGUUACAUCGAUCUGCAACAGGAUGAGUUUAAAAAGGAUGAUGCUGUGAUGCGUCAUUUGCAGGCUGCGGUUCUUCAGGUUUCACACCGAAAGUGA